UGGGAUUGAAGAGGCCUUGGACAGCCAUUGGAGACCAGCUGAUUUGAGUUGACAAUAAAAUGUUCCGGUCUUAUCAGCCCGUUUUGGCUGGUAUUGUGUUUAAAAACAGUGUGGUUAUUGCCAAAAAUAACUAAAAAAUCAGAAAAACACUGCUGGCAGCAAUGGAAAUUGAACAAUGGCCCUCAGAAUGCCAACAAUCUGUGUGUACAGCUGUAGAGAGGACAGAUUUAAACAAUGGAGAUAUUCCGAUGGAUAGCAGUCAAAGCUUUAAUAAUGCCGGUAACAUCGACCAAAACGUGGAAAAUAGACCUGACACUUUAAGUCAGGGAAAUAAUUCCAUUACUAUUAGUGACAAUUCUAAACAAAAGCUUCAUGCAAUUCUGGAACAAAUUAAAGGUCUUUCACCUGUUGAAAAAUACAUUUUCAACUUAAAAUUCCCAUCAGAAAUAUCAAACAUUGUAGAUCCAUUUAGACAACCUUUAAAUCCAUUGGGAAGUCGUCCAGAAAUAUACUGCACUAUAUCAUGGAUAAACACUCAUUUAAAAGAAGAUCCGGAGACUUCUUUACCAAAACAAGAAGUAUAUGAUGAAUAUCAUCGUUUUUGUGAUGAAAACAAAUUUAAACCACUAUCACAGGCAGAUUUUGGUAAAGCUAUGAAACAAGUUUAUCCGAAUGUUAGAGCCAGAAGAUUGGGCACUAGGGGAAAAUCAAGAUACUGCUAUUCAGGACUUCGGAGAUGUCUUAAAUUAAAACCCCCUGUUUUACCUGAUCUGGCUGACAAACCUAUGUCAACUGAGGCCCCUUUUACACCCUCAGUGUACCAAUCUGCCUGGUUGAUAAUUAGGGAAUGGGCAAAACAACAAAUUGGCAAGGAAUUUAGUUCACUCUUUGAAUUGGCUCUAUAUUUAGUCUAUAACUAUUCAAUCUGUCAGGGAACUGAUUUUGCAUAUAAAUUAACACUGGCAGACUCUCAGCUUAAAGAAGAAUUCAAUAGUAAAUCUGAUAGCAAACACAGAGAAAUGCAGAUGCAACUGCAGAGAAAAAUUCAGCAAAAACACGAAAUUAAAGAAAGAAAACGAAAAAGUCAAUCACCAAAAUCGGAACAGAAAUCCGGUGGCAGCGGAGCUCAUUUUGGCGGGGGAGGAACGAAGAAGGCGCGUGCGCACAGCGUGCCUAACGUAGUAGAGACAUCACCAAUGUUGGCUGUGACAAUAGCGGUGGGCAGUGAGUGUGGCGUUGCCGCAACGAGCAGUGACAACGGCCGCAGCCAGAGGGCGUCCACUUCCACGGCUGCAUCUGCGUGCAGCAGCAACACCACUAGUCCCAUCCAGGGAAAACCAGUCUGUGAUAAAUCACUAGAUUAUACUCAAAGGACAUCGUUACCUGAAUUCAAUAGUUUCCACAAGCCUCAGACCAACGACCCGACCAUAGCAAAAGUAGGGAUCCCUCAUAGCCAUAAUCUGCAGGCAGAAAGGGGCCCUACGGUCGGCAAGGUGGCCAUUGCGAAACUGAUGCCGCACUCAACGUCAAAAAAGCAACAGCAGCUGCACUUUCAGCAGACUGCGGCUGCGGCCAAUAAGAAUACAAAGUACAAAGCCAUCCAGCCUAAAAUGGAAUUAUGUGAUAUUGCUUCGUACAACAGUCACGCGCAGCAACAGCAACAAACGCAGCUGUUCUGCGCAGACGAAAACAGAUCUCAACAAGAUGUUAGCGACAUUGAUAGUAGGUUUAAGGAGAGAAAGUUUGAUGAGGAGAAUGAGUGUGAAGGAAAUGAUUUCCCGUUGCCUAGAGAAAGACUUGAAAGCAUUAGCAACGUUGACAAGAACGCUAUGGACGAGUAUUUAGAUACAAAUAAUAGUCAGCAUGAAGAGGAGUUAUCCAAAUAUUUUGGCAACAGCAAUGUUCAAAACGAUUUAUCCGACGAUAGUAAAAUAUCCUAUUUGCGGCAUAUGCUACAAAACGGAAUAGUUGAUACGAAACCCACCAUAAUGCAAAAGUUAAAUCCUAUUCCAGAAGAAAAAUUCACAAACACUAUAGUAAAACAGGUUUCUACGCUAAGUCAUCUGCAGUUCGCUGCGACCAUGCCGAACGUGAUCGGACAGGCAACGCGUAGACGGGUAAGUUUUGACACACGCGGGCUUGACAAUUCGGUACCGCCUAGCCCGAACACCCGGCGCAAAAAUUUCAGCUUUACUCCCAUCUCACCCGGUCCGCAAAGUCCCAACGGCAUCCAAUCAAAGUGCUCCAGUACGACAGUCAGUCCGUUUGUGAGUCCUCGAAACACUCCGGUUCCGCGCACAAAAAACAAUGCGCAUCAAAAUGCCGGGAUAAUGGUGGGAAAGACAGUCAAGGUGAAAAAGGAGAUCAGUUUGGAUUUAUCGGAGAAUUUCAAUCAAAGUUGUAUGCCCAUGUCGGCCCCACCGAGUCCAAUGUUGCAAAAAUUAUUAAACUCCAAAGGGCCUUACAAACCGAAUUACAUCCACAUGCAAAGCAACGCUUCAAAUGAAGUCAGCCAAUUUUUGAGCAAUCAAUUACCGAACGAAUUAAACGAUUUAGGCUAUAGAUCGCAAUCGGUACCAGUGAAUCAGAUGAUGUUUAUGCCUCAGAACGAUUUCAGCGAAGUAGAUCCAAUACGAGAAUCCGAGUGUACGCAAGUAAAACAAAUUAUCGAGGCUCUUGACACGCAUUGUGACAACAACAACUUGAAUUUAAUCUGCAAUUUGGAAAUGUCUUCUACAAAUCAAUCACUACCCGAAUACGGUUUACACUUGGUAAAUAAUAAUCUGGAAAUUCCAGAAUAUCCGAUAUCCGAUAAUCUGCAGAAUCCAUCGAGAUCAGUGCCUAGUACUCCUCUGCCGUUCGGGCAGAAUUUCAAACACGAGAUGCCUCGAUCGUACCCGUCUACGCCUCUAGCCACCACAUCUGAUAAUUUUACCUACCAAAUCAAUAAUGGCGACUGUCUUUUAAAUGGGCAACCAAUCAGGAGCGACGAUCUGUCACAGCACGGUCCCCUCGAUUUCGUCGCUGCUACACCAGCGGCAGCUUUUAGCGAUACGAACGGCACCGACAAUUUGACUGAGUUUUCUGAUGGCUCGUUGUUGGACGAGACCUGUGUAUUGAAUUACGGCGCAAACAUCAAUUAGCCCGAGUUACGACGAUGAUGCCAUGUUUUCGGAUUGACUUUGUUGCUUUUGGUAAACGGUUUAAGUUAUAAUGUGGAUUGUAAUUUAGUUUUAACUUAAACAAAAAGUCAUACAGGGUAUUUUUAGGUUGUAUGUAUGUUAUUUGGACGAAUAUGUCAUAAAACCUUAUUUUUAAUAUAAAUAGGUAUAAAAGUAAAAAUUAAAAUUUAUGAUUGGCAACUAUCUGUGAUAAAAUUAGGAACAGACAAAAUUCAAAUUUGAAAAUUAAAAAAAAAUACAUGUAAUGUAACAAAGUUAAUUCUUAAUAUGGUAUUGUUGUAAUCAAUCUAAACUGAUAAAAUAUGACACCUGCUUUUUUAUUGUGAAGUAUUUUUACAAGUUAUUUCACACAGAUUUUUUUAUCAUUGUGUAUUUAUUGGAAAAACAAUGUUGUAUUGUUUAGAUUAAAAUUAAUCAAUAUUCGGGUUGUUGAUAUACAUUUUAACAGCUUUUAAUACAGUUAUUUUUGUUAAACACUUUUGGUAUUUAGUUUAUUAU